GCCUACCUUACUUAUUGUUUUGAUGUCAAUAGUACUCGCAAGGAUCAGAUCAUCCGCCUCCGUUCCUCGCAUUCUUCCAUUCGAUAUAGGACAGUUGAGUCUCCAGCUAUGUUGAAGUCUGGCCUUGGGUCGCGCUUACCACAGCCGCCAUCACCGCAACCAUCCUCAGCACAACCAGAACAACCUGCACCGAAUCUGCAGGAUAACCCUCCGACCACAUUACCAUCUCAGGAGUCAAACGGUCACCCGCCGCUUCCAAGGACGCAACUCCCACGAAAUCGCCAUCGCUACUCAUUCAAGACGAGGACAGGGGCAACAAACCCCCCACACCCAGUCAAGAUGAAGCUCUACAAGUUCAAGCCUUACAAGGAGCCUGAAGCAAAAGACGAGCUUGAGCUCUCCAGCGACGAGCCCAAGCCCAAGCCCAAGCCCAAGACCAAACUCAAAACAUUGUCCGAUUCGAGUGCAGCCACCCACAAGCUCGCUAUUACACGGUUAUUACAAUAUCAGCACCCAACGUCUACUUUGAACGUCGGUACUCUAUCCGCUAACCUCAGACGAGCUCUGCCAAACGACGGUACCGUUCAACAGGAAGUUGCCCUCUGUAUCCGAAACGCUGUGCGCGAGGCUGCCAGGAUCAAACGACAAGGUCAACGAGUAAUUGGAAAGUUUGUCGAGCAUGUGAACAAGCAUGGACCGGGUCCCAACAAUCGUCGAUUCAUGAAUUUUCUUUGUCCUCGAGUCUCCAUGAAGGACGCGAAAAAGCUGGAUGACGGUUGUGCUGCAGAGGACGACGAUGAGGAUGGUGGUGACAUGGACCAGAAAUUCAAGGAUGGCAAAGGCUCUGAGCAGUUCUUGUUCCUCCAGAGCUUUCUGUCAUACCUCUACUCUGGGAACUACCCAUGAAAAAGUGGUACCGGUCAGAAAGUCAACGAUUUCAUUGAUCGCCUUAAGGAUCUCGGACUGUACGCCCCACCACAUCCUCGGGCCGCUCUCAACGAGACAACUCCCUUCUCACCAACAGAGUUACUCCUAUCGGUGGCGUUGCAGCUCAAGGUCGAACUCAAAAAAAUGUACCGUAAUGGGACCUGUAAGCUGCAUAAUAAGCUCCAGGAAAGAAAAAAGAAGGGGCUGCUGGGAUCCGAUGUUAACGUGGAGAUCCAAGAGGAGGUAUCUGCUAUUGAAAACUACCUCGCGAUCAACAA